AUGUCGCAUGGCGCUAAUUGCAAUUUAAGAUAUAAUGGAUUAUCGAUUAUUCACUAUUCAGUCAAAAACAAUAAUAAAGAAAUAUUAACAAUGCUCAUUCAUCAUGGUGUUGAUAUCAAUACCAUAGAUGAUGAAGGAAGAACUGCUCUUCAUUUGGCAUCAGCAAAUAAUUAUGCUGAAAUCGUCGAAUUUCUUGUUUUAAAUGAUGCUGAUUUAAAUGCAAAGGAUAAUUUCAAUAUUACUCCAUUCCAAUAUGCAUUGCGAAAUUAUAAUGUGAAUAUCAUGAAAACUCUAAUUCUUUAUGGUGUUGAUGUGAAUACAAGUAUCGAGAAUGGAUUAACAGCUCUUCACUUUGCAUCAUGGUUUCAUGAUAAAGAAAUGAUAGAGUUUCUAAUCUCUCAUGGAAUCAACAUCAAUUGCCGAAUUGAAAAGGAUGGACGUUCUGCAAUCCAUCUUGCAUCAAUAAUUAGUCAUGAAAAUCUGAAAUAUCAUGAACCUUGCGAUUAUAAAGAAGUUUUAGAAUUACUCAUUAAUCAUGGCGCUGAUAUCAACGCGAUAGAUAUUGAAGGUAGAACAGCACUUUAUUGUGCAUCUGAGUAA